AUGUCCAUUUCACGUAAGCGUUUCCGUCCGUUGGAUCCUGCAGAGGAACGGGAGAUCAAAUCUGACCAGCGAUUAGGCCUUGAGGUUCUUGAAGAUGAACAAUCUUAUUACUUUAGUUGGCCUGAUGCUUCAUUAACAGCACUUCUUGCGAAUGCUGAUGCCUAUGUACAGAAGCAUGUUUACCGCAAAAAUGUGAUUAAUGGAUAUGGAAAUACUUCGAAGAGUCAUUGCGUCAGUGGAGCCUCUUUGUCAAGUUCGGACCGAAUUGGGCCAACCUCCUUAAAUAUUUCAAGCCGACAGGUCUCAACAAGCCCCUCGUCUACAGUCCUUUUGGCCUCGGUGCCUACGGUUUAUGACCUGCGAAAUAUUUGCGUCCUGAGCAGUACAACCGAUGAUAAGUGCGACCUUGACUUGGGAGAGUUUCUGCAGGACAUGAUGCCGAUUCUGAAACGAGUUAUGGGCACCGAAAAGUGUGGCAAUACGGCCGCGAUCAUGAUGACCACAGAAAAUUCUAAUAAGUUCUUGAAUUCAACUUGCCCAUCCCAGCCCAAAAAAACAAAAGAGGAUUACCGCGCAACGCAUUACUCCCCACCAAAAAGUGUGACCUACGAGGAUUCGAUAUUUACCCUCCAUGCGCAGCAGCUUAGUGAUGCUAAAGCUGCUGGUUUAAUUUCCAUUCCCGCGAGCGAUAUGGUAAGUUCAAAGGAGAAGCAAAAAUAUACCCAUCCAGAACAUGUCGUCGUUAUCUUAGCCAAUGGAUCAAACUCCGAGAUGGAAGUACGGAAGACCAGGCAGGAAACUGGCCUUUUCAGUAGGUCUUCGGAUUCGGAACCUUGUUUGCAGCGAUGGCGUGUGGAAAAUGAGAUUGUUGGGUUGGAGUGGCGGGCCUUUGGUCAAUCCAAGAGAACCGCUGCGGCACUACGGCGAUUAUUAUCGCUAGAAGCCGCAGUACCUUUUGAACCUUUAACGAAUAGCAUCAAUGAAGUUCCAGCAGAAGUGUCUGUUGAGAAUAAUAAAUUGCAAAAGCGCGGUAGCUCUUCUGAGUACGAACUUGAUGUUUGGCGUGAAAAAGUUUAUUGCCUAUGGCUACAUUGGAGGCUGUGCUCAGGACCAAAUGGCUCUGUUCUUACCAGUAGCUCGCAAUUUCAAGACCAUCAGUCGACCCUUUCUAAGUCUGCAUUAUUAAAUACUAAUAGCUCUUCCCAAGAGACAAAUUCUAUCACGACGUGUUUUCAUGCACGCUAUCCGUGGGGUCCUUCGCUACUUAUCAGUGCCUAUUUAUACGAUACCCAAAGCGAUUACUUUGUUGAUCCCAAUCAAAGUGGGGUUUCAACCACUUUCUCACUCCCUUCCAUUCUUUCUUCGUCAUCGGCAUCAGGUUCUACUCCUUUUGCUAUUCCGCGACGUCGUGGCGUCUACAAUUUCUUGCGCUGGCGCAUUGAACUUUAUAUGGCGCGUUUAAUUCAAGGCAGAAGUUCCAUUACCGCUUCGGCAGCUUCUCUGCAUUCCGCGCAAUCGGAGAGCGCCACCCAUUUACCCGCCGAGCAUGAUUUUUCUCAAGGUCGUAGUCAAUCGCAUGGUGGGAAUUCAACCGAAACAGAUGUAAUGUCGGAAUUCGACAGGAACAAUCGUGGUGUGAAACACUCCUCCCACUCCAUUCAACUCCAAAAUACGCUCCUGGGGGGCAAUGAAAUUGAUUUUCUUGUAAACAGAGAGGUCUUGGCCAACCCAUUGGUAGAGGUGCAGCAGGACACUCAUCAAAAUCGUCUUGAUGUGUUGGAAUGUCGAGAUUUAAUACAGGACGUUCAAAUAUGGCGUGGUUGGUUAUCUAAAGCGUGA